AUGCCAGUUGAAAGUUUUUCCGAAACUUGUCGCAAAAUUAAUGAAAAAGUUGUUACUUUACCCGCCCCCAUUGUUAAAGCAUCCGACGAAUGCAACGUCACGAUUGAGAAGUUCAGGAAGUUGACAACCGCAAACAACGCAGAAUCCGCAGAAGUAGAGGAACAACAGCUAGGCAAUGAAGUAAAAGUUUUUUUCUCUUAAUAAUUUAUGUUUUUUACCUCAUUAUCUAAUUAGUAAUAACUAAUUUUUAGGAAAACCUCAUGCCUCCGCCAGCUGACGAACAAGAACUCGAACAAUUACUAGAUGAAGCACCAACGUUGCAAACUGUUCGCCGCACUACUACACUGUCCGCCGUUCCCGCUACAUCGCAAGCUACUUCAGUAUCUUCCCGUGGUCGCCGAAUUGUUAAGCGCACGCGAUUUUCACCUUCGAGAUAA